AUGGCUUCAGCUCAUCUUUCACCUAAUGAAGCCACCCAUAAGCCUCGCCGCGUUCUUCUCGUCAGCACCCCGCGCACCGCAUCAAAUCUUCUCUUAAAAGUCCUCAACCUCCCCAACCAACCGAAUACCUAUACAAACGAAAAAGGCGGGUACUUUUUCUACCCAGCAUUUAUAUCCGCAGCCAGCAAUGGGUAUAUGGAAAAGCCAGCAGCCCAAUGGACCAAAGAAGAAAAACAGAAACUCAAAGCAGUGUACCAGAGCUGCGCGGACAAGCUCGAAAUAGCAGCGGCACAAGCCGAAGCAUCAAACAAAAUGAUGUUUAUAAAAGAGCACGCAUUUUGGAUUUUUGGACCAGCAGCGUUCCAGAAGAAGCUGACCGGUGUGCACGAUGAAGAAUUCUUGAAUGCUUUUAGAGUUCACACGCCUGAGAAAUAUGGAUCCUUAGGCACAUAUGCCUCGUCUAAUGAGACUAUUUUCUCGGAUGAGUACCUGCGCUCAUGGCAGAUGGGAUUCGUGAUCCGGCAUCCAGCGCUGUCAUUUCCGUCUUUCUGGCGGGCUUUGAUGACGUUCGCCAAGCAGGGGAUUAUCGAUGAGGAUUCCGUGAAGGUGACCACUGUGACUAGUAUGGGGAUGUGCUGGGCUCGCUCAUUGUAUGAUUGGUGUUUGGAGCAACAUGGCUUGUCUCGCCCGCCGCCAGUUGUGGAUGCGUAUGAUUUGAUCAACAACCCCGGAGUUGUGGUUCGAUUUGCUGAGGAGACCGGAUUGGAUCCGAAGGCUUUGCAGUUUGAGUGGAAGUCGCAGGGUCAUGAGGAAAAAAGUAAUUUUUGGGCGUCUAAUCAUGCCAAGGCGAGUGCUGGUGAUGAUUUUGAGGGGUCACAUAUUCGUGCAGCUAAUGUCAUGCUGACGACACUCUCGAGUUCCUCAGGAAUGAUCAAGAAUAGGACUCCGGCGGAAGUUGAUAUUGCUGUCGAGGCGGAAAAGUGGAAGGUUGAGUUCGGAAGUCAGGUUGCUGAGUUCAUUGUGAAGGCGGUUUUGGAAUCAAUGCCUGACUAUGAGUAUUUAAAAGCUCGGCGAAUUACUGUUUGA